UUUGGUACCUCUUCACAUGUGAGCCUCUUUAAUUUGUCAUCUCCUUCUUAUUAUUCUUUGAGGGCUAGCUCUCUCUGUGUGAAUAUAUAUAUAACUUACUCUCAAAGAAGAAAAAAACCUCGUCUAGUUUAGAACCACCAUGGAUUUGCGAGAGUUGAGACUAGUUCUAACAUUUGCAGUGGCCUUGGCCUUUGCUGGAUCCAUUGGUGGCGUUUAUUCAUACAAUCGCCCACCUAUGCGCAAGGACCUCAUUGUUCGUCACUUGGAAGAUCUUGAUGAUUCUUCUCCACAACAGGUGCAUAUAUCUUUAGUUGGCGAAGACAAAAUGAGGAUUUCAUGGAUUACUGAUAGCUCAACCCCAGCAACAAUAGAAUAUACAACAACUUCUGGGGCACAAGGAACUUCUGUAACUGGGACUACAUCUUCAUAUGAUUACUUGACGUACAAGUCUGGUGAAAUUCAUGAAGUAGUAAUUGGUCCAUUAAACCCUAAUACUGUUUACUACUACCGUUGCGGCUCGGAUUCAGCCCCCGAGCUCAGUUUCAAAACUCCACCAGCUCAAUUUCCAAUUAAUUUUGCCGUUGUAGGUGAUCUUGGACAGACAGAUUGGACCCAGUCAACCCUUCAACACAUAGCACAGUCAAAUUAUGACAUGCUGCUAUUGCCAGGAGAUUUAUCAUAUGCCGAUUUCAUCCAGCCUCUUUGGGACUCAUUUGGGAGGCUUGUGGAGCCAUUGGCUAGCCAGAGGCCUUGGAUGGUGACCCAAGGCAACCACGAGAUUGAGAAGAUCCCACUAAUUCACAAAGAAACCUUCACAGCCUAUAAUGCAAGAUGGCGCAUGCCAUUUGAAGAGAGUGGCUCAGACUCAAACCUAUACUAUUCUUUCGAUGUAGCUGGGGUACAUGUUAUCAUGUUGGGUUCGUACACAGACUUUGGUCCUACUUCUUCACAGUAUAGUUGGUUACAGGCGGACUUGGGGAAGAUUGAUAGGAAUAAAACUCCUUGGACCGUAGUGCUUAUUCAUGCACCAUGGUACAAUACCAAUACUGCUCAUCAAGGUGAGAAAGAGUCGAUUGACAUGAAGGCAUCCAUGGAAAAGUUACUUUAUCAAGCUCGUGUGGAUGUUGUUUUUGCUGGACAUGUACAUGCUUAUGAACGCUUUACUCGAGUUUACAAUGGGAAUACUGACAAUUGUGCUCCAGUGUAUAUCAACAUUGGUGAUGGGGGAAACCGUGAAGGCCUUGCUAGCAAGUAUCAAAAUCCAAAGCUUGAAAUAUCCCUUUUCAGGGAAGCAAGCUUUGGGCAUGGGGAACUCAACAUUGUGAAUUCAACCAAUGCUCUCUGGACAUGGCACAGAAAUGAUGAUGAUGAGGCUGUUACUAGUGACUCACUCUGGUUGACAAGCCUAUCAUCUGAAUCUGCUUGUAAAGUGCAAAACUAAAAUGUGAAAAUACAUGUUCCAUUCAUGUUCUUCAAUAAAAUGAAGAAAAAUGAUAAAGAUACAUUAAUCUAAAUGUUUACCAGGAAAUAAUUGUUGUACCUGGAAACCUUUUUCAGUCUUUGUACAUUA